CAUUGACCAAUCAGCGUGCGGUUUGCUUGCAAACAGGAAGUGGUUCCCUCAUCUCGCGGUGUUUCAACUGAACCCGAAAACACGUUUUUCUCGCUGCUACAUAGAAAUGUCUACAGAUGAGCUGGUGUAUCUCGGGAUCCUCGCCGCGUCCAUACCCGUGGGGGUCCUGUUCCGCUAUCUCACUCCUCCAGUGAAGCAGGGGGCAGCACUGAGUUUGGGUCUCCUCAUCACCAUUACCACAUGCGGGAUACACACUUUACACUCGCUGUGCACCGUGCUGGGAACGUGGCUGAUUAUACGAGUCAACUGGAGGAAAGCUCCAUCCCUUUGUCUCGGCUGGACGUUCCUUUAUCUUUUAUUCUUUCGUAUGUUCACGUGGUCCAGACAUCUUCCGUUUGCGAACGCCAUCCAGCUCCUCCUCACCCUGAAGAUGGUCAGUUUGGCGUAUGAGGUUCAGAGCUAUCACUUGGAGAAGAAAAAGGAAGUGAGCUCGUUUUCCAAGUCGCCUGUGAUUGGCCAGCUGUCUCAUGAGCCCUCCCUCUAUGACAUCAUCUCCUACAGCUACUGCUAUAUUGGGAUCAUGACAGGGCCGUUCUUCCGUUACCAGACGUACGUGGACUGGCUUGAACAGACCGAUCCUCUCUUGCUGCCAUGUAAAGCGCCGUGCCUGAGCAGGUUAAAGAUGGUUCCUGUUUAUGGCACUCUCUUCGUGGGUGUGAACUUCCUGUUCCCGUUGUCCUACGUUCGCACUGCCGACUUCCUGGAACACAACUUCUUCUUCAGGUUUUUCUACAUGGUGGCGGUCUUCUUCGUGUUCCGCAUGAGGUUCUACUCGGCGUGGUGCGGCGCCGAGGCCGGCUGCAUCACCGCAGGACUCGGGUGUUACCCGCAGGGGGCAGAGUCCAAACCAGGAGGAGGACCUACAGUACAGUACAGCCCUGAGCCUGGUACUCUGGUUGAGUAUGACUUCAGAACCAUCCAGAACAUCGACUGCUACAACACGGACUUCUGUGUGAAAGUGCGACACGGCAUGCGCUACUGGAACAUGACGGUGCAGUGGUGGCUUCAUCAGUACAUCUACAGCAGCGCACCGUUUAAAGCCUACGCCCUGAGGGCGGGCUGGACGAUGCUGGUGAGCGCCUAUUGGCACGGUCUGCAUGUGGGUUAUUAUCUGUCCUUCCUCACCAUCCCGGUGUGUAUCGCCGCAGAGUUAGCAAUGGAGUCGUGUGUGCGCACGCGUCUCGGCGCUGAGGGACAGAAGCUGUUCGACUGGGUGCACUGGUUCCUGAAGAUGCGUGCGUACGACUACAUGUGCAUGGGCUUCGUCCUGCUGACGGCCAGCGACACACUGCGCUACUGGAGCUCCAUUUACUUCCUGAUCCACGCCGUGGCGCUCGUCUGCAUCGUUGCCGGAAAACUGAUGGGUGGAAGGAAGAAGGACAAGGACACGACGACGAAGGAGGAAGCCAAGAAGUGACACUCGUCUCCCGACAAACUGCCAAACGUGUUCUGCAGUGCAUUCUGGGAUUUCAGGAGAGUGAUGUGUGUUUCAGGUUCUAAUUAAUGCGCCUGCUGUGGAAGAACUACAAAUCCCAGCAUGCACUGCUUCACUGCCAAGUACCGUGUUUACGUUAGGCCCCGUUUUAGCUCUGUUUUUACCACGCCCUCUACAGCUUCCUUUUAAAAUGCACAAUGCCCAAGCGGAGGAAGAAGCGCGUCGGGGUUUUCAGUCUGACCAACAAGCACCUAAAACGACGUUCAAUCACAUCGACUCGCGAAUGAAAGAGUGAAUGGAGGGGUUGGAGGGAGGCUGAUCAAGGAAGGAAGGAACGAACGAAGGACAUGAUUGAUGAAGGGCAAAUUUUGAAAGAAAGAAAAAGAAACAAACAUCGUUUUGGGAUGAAGGAAAGGAAAACGGAAAAUAGCGAAAAAAUACAGACGCAAGAUAGAGGGAUGAAAUUGAGUUUUUUGGUUUCUUUUUUUUUUUUUAAGGCGUGAUAAAGGAAAUAAACGCUUUACUUGGGCGGAUGAAGUUUUGGGGCGUGUUUAAAACAGAACUGAAAUGGAUGAUGAACAGAUUUUGAUGUUUCUGUCCUAAAAGACGAAAUGGAUGGAGGUAGGGAAAAAACAAAAAGCAUCUCAAAAUGGGCAUUCAAGUCUCACGUUCCAGUCCUGGUUCAGUAACCAGUGUCUAAUUCCUUCAUCUCCCAGCAUGCACUGCACAUAAGUAUUGAAAGAGAUUAUCAAAAAAGGAGGUCUUUAAGUACAAUGUAUCCCAGAAUGCACUGCUUCUGUGCCAACAGCAGUCAGUGUUUAUUUUAGAAAAGUCGUCGUUUGUUUGUAAGCUCGAAACUCCCAGAGUGCACUGCUUCGGUGCCGGUUCUCAUGUUAAGGUUUGUUCGAAAGUAGAACGUGCCAAAUGGAGACAAAAAAAAAGCACAGUUAGAUUCCAACUCCAUCUCCCAGCAUGCACUGCUUCUGUCCUCACUGCCAUGCAUCCGUGGUUCAGAGCGUGACAAUGGUGAGAGAAAUUCAUCGCAAGUGUAUAAAGACGACAUCACCCAUCAUGCACUGCUUCUUCACCUCCACUGCCAUAUAAACCUGACCAGAGGUUCUCCGGGGUCCUGACGUGAUGGACAUGGGGUGCUCUGGUACAAGAACGUGAAUGUUAAAGUGAGACAGUGUUUGCGUUUAUUCAAAGAGUUUUACAAAGGUUCAUGGGAGUCAAAGACCAUCUUUGUUCUGGGGGGUUUGUUUGUCUGUCUUUGAGCACCAACUUUUGAUUUCUAUUUCUGCCACUUGAUGAUAUAUUUUCACAUUCCUUCACUGGAGCAUUCUGGACGAAGCCUAUUUCCUGUCCUAAGAACAUGGCAACAAAAUUGUCUUUUUUUUUUUUGGAAAUGAACAGAAAUUUCCGGAAAUCUGGUCUGUAAAACGACGUUGUUUUGCUUUUCACGUGGCUUCCGGAGAAUCUUUCUUCACACAUUCGCUAUGUAGUCGUACUGGACUGUUACAGAUUUACGCAUUAAUUCAAAUUAAUAUGUAUUAAUUUUACGAAUUAAUUCCAAACACUGCUUCGUUGGCGACGUGCAGCUACUUUCCACAGGAAAAUGCCUCUGUGCUCCUCGGUCACGCAAUCACGCUGAAUGCGAAUGUAAAUUUUGUGUGUAUUUUUAAGUAUUUUACACCAUAACGCCGUUUCGUUGUUUUGCCAUCAGACUAAACAGUCGUGUUGAUGUAUUAAAAUUUCAAAUUGAA